AUGUCCAAGAGCCAAAAGAGCGACAAGGACUCAAAACACUCGCUAAAGCUUCCGACCACAGUUCGUCGCCUGUCAUCCGCUUCGCCCGCUCCUUCGGGGUCCCAAUCCGCCACACCUGCCGCUCAACUCCGAGUAAAGGUCGAUCGUCCGUCGCCGUCUGCUUCGUCAAAGACUCCGCUGUUGCGCACAUCUUCGACUGCUCUACGUAGUCAGGCAACUACCCGUUCCGUCCAAGCUAAAUAUAGCAAAACCCGUGCGAUGGCUCUCAGCAAUUUCGUUGCCGUCUCUGACAGACUGGUGCAUUUCGAGAGUCGGGUCAGAGGGCCUGCAGCCGAAGAUGACAAUGUACACACGUACGAAAUCCGUCGUGACCGGCUGCAAGUCCUCUGGGACAACGUCGAAGCCGCUUAUUCCACAUGUGCUGAUGCACUGCAUCAAGACGGCGACGGUGAAGGCACACAGGCGAUGGAGGCAAAGUACGAUCACUGCUAUGCAGUGUACGAGCGGUGUCUCGCCCGUGUUAAGGGGCAAAUUACCCAGGUUUCCGGGUCCAGCAGGAGUGAAGCAUCCGUUCCUCCUGUAUACUCCAGUGGCUGCCGGCUCCCUCCAGUCGACACCGAAGUUUUCCGUGGGGAUUACUUGCGGUGGCCGACUUUCCGUGACCUUUUCACGGCCAUCUAUGUCAACAAUCCAAGGUUGACUCCGGUCGAGAAACUUUUCCAUCUGAAUUCGAAGACCGCAGAUGAGGCCAAUGAAAUAGUAGCUAAAUUUCCGCUGACGAACGAUGGUUUCGCGUCGGCUUGGGGUGCUCUCUGCGAACGGUUUGAGAACAAGCGCUUGUUGAUCACAAGCCAAUUGAAGAUCCUAUUUAACCUGUCCACGGUUACCCAAGAGUCGGGAGCAGCUAUCAAGGAGCUGCAGAGCACGAUUCAGCCUCACACCUCGUUGUGGGAGCAGUCGUUGGUGGACAAAGCGAAAAUUCCCGCAUGGCAGGAUAUGAGCACGUUCCUCAAUGAGCGUUACCGUACGCUCGAAGCUAUUGAGGACGUAAAACAGACUGCCAAUUCACAGAUCGCGACUGCAGGACCAUCCCGUCCGCAGAAUUCGAAGCGAGUCAACUCCUUUGAGGCCCGAGUCACUCCGAAAAGCAAAUCGUGUGACUUGUGCUCAAAGGAGAAUCACCCUGUCCGGGUGUGUCCGCGUUUCUUGCAAAUGUCGGUCAACGAGAGGAUGACAUACAUCAAACAGAAAAGUCUCUGUUUGAACUGUUUCGCAAGAGGUCACCAACUCCGAGACUGUACAAGUGCGCACAAUUGCUUUACAUGCAAAGGGCGGCACAACACUCUUCUCCAUCGGGGUGACAGUGCCCACAAUGGUGCCUCUUCAUCGUCCAACAUACAGUCCACUCCAAAUCCAACGGCAACAAAUGUGCAGAGUUUCUUUGCUAAUAACGCUCAGAAUGUCCUUCUCGGCACGGCGGUCAUCAAUGUUUGCCACUUGGGCACUACAUAUACCGCACGUGCGUUAAUUGAUUCCGGGUCCGAAGCGACCUUCAUUUCUGAGCGUUUGUUCCAACGCAUUAAGUUGCCUUUCCAGUCCGUGCGAGCCCAGGUAUCCGGGCUAAAUCACGCAGUUGCGGCCCAAUCGCAGAAGUUAUGUCACUUCAGCAUUGGUUCUCCAACGAAGCCGAGGCUCCAUAUCGAGUCUUCGGCAUUCGUAAUUCCACAGUUGGCAGGCAAAUUGCCCUCCUUCGAUAUGCCGCGAACUUUCCUCAAGGAUCUACCAGCGAUAGAACUGGCAGAUCCACAUUUCUACAAGAGCGCUCAGAUCGAUGUACUAAUUGGCGCGGAUAUCCUUCCGUCGGUCAUCUUGAGCGGCUCCCGGCCAAACAUUUGUGGCUCACUCCUUGGGCAGGAAACCGUGUUUGGCUGGAUUCUUACCGGCCCCGUCUCCCAGAGUAUGUCGACAACUGUUUCUGCGUUUUCGACAAGAGUCGCCCUCCAAGCAGACGAACAGCUCGACAGCCUACUUUCCAAAUUUUGGGAGGUGGAGGAUAUUCCAGCGAAGCUGAUAAAGGAGUCAGACUUCGUUUGCGAAGAGAAUUUCGUUAAGACUACUUCUCGUAGCACAUGUGGCAGAUAUCGGGUGACUCUUCCAUUCCGGAAGCCCGAAGGCAUUGAACUGGGUCAUUCCAGAUCUAUAGCGCUGGCUCAAUUUCAAGAACGAGAAUCGUUUGUCAAGAAACGAUUCUCUAAAGGAACAGUACAAUGCCGUUCUCCAGGAGUACGUGGACUUGGGUCAUAUGACACCCAUAUCGCCUCAAGCGAUUGGCACGACUCUAAUUUCUACCUGCCUCACCACGCAGUAUUCAAACCGGAUAGCACCACAACGAAGGUGCGGGUCGUUUUCAACGCAUCUUGUCCAUCCUCAAAUGGCAAGAGUCUGAAUGAUAUCCUUCAUUCAGGGCCCAUUCUCCAAUCGGAUCUUACGAUGCAGAUCCUCCGAUGGCGAUACUAUCGAUAUGUGUUCAAUGCGGACAUAACGAAGAUGUAUCGCCAAAUCCUCAUGGACUCAAAGCACACACCGUUCCAACGAAUUCUGUUCCGCACGUCGGACGGUGUGAUCCGUGACUUUGAGUUGAACACGGUGACAUUCGGUGUCAACUGUGCGCCUUUCCUGGCUCUACGAGUCCUUCAGCAACUUGCUGAUGACAUACGCUUGAGUAUCCUCUCGCAAGCCAUGUCAUCUCCAACAACAUGUACGUGGACGACGUCCUAG